GAAGCCACCGAGUGGAAGGCAAACGUGAAUGAGUAACGAAAUCGAUAGCGUCUGCUGAAAACACCGAAAGAGGCGCUGUAAUAUAUGUGCAUUUUCUUUAUUUUCAUAGUCGACCACACGCCACACCAAAUAAGCUCAUCAUUUAUUUUCCAUCUUAUCAGGUCGUCAUCGUAGUAAAACGCAUUUCCAUGUUUUUUGGAUGAUACAUCUCGCUUUCCACUUCGUGUCAUAGAAAAAUGGCGAACGGAAUACUAAUAUGGUUAGCAUUGGCGUAUAUCGCAGUAGCACACACGGAGGAGAUUCCAGAUGAGGAAACGCACACCAGCUGGUGGCCGACGCGAGUUACGACGGAUACAUCAUCGGCAAUUCCAAGCACAACGCAAAAUAUCGAUUUCGAGGGUAGCGUACAAAAAGCAUUAUCGUGGCUCGUGUCGCAGAGGGAAAGCGACUGGGGCUGGAGGAACGAGACGCCCGCCGUUUUAAUGGCGCUCCAAUUGGCGAAGCAAACCAGAGAUUCAAAUUCGAUCCUUCCCAACGCGCUCGAGAUGCAACUGUCCGCCAAGCAGAUGGAAAUCGAAAUCGUCACCCUAUUGUGGAGCUCUUUCAGACAUAACGAAAUACCGAUCGUGCCUCCUAAGUUAACCCAGUACGCUUUGGCCCUAAGCACCUUGUGUCAGGAUCCGAGACAGUUUCACGGUCACGAUCUGAUCGGAACGAUGCAACAUCACGAGAUCGUCCACGACCUGGAUUUCGCCUUUACGACACUGACGGCCUGCAGCGCGAACGCCCACCUACGCAAGAAGCAAAUUAGGCGACUUUUGGACAUUGCGAACGCCGCAAAGGAUCACAAUAUCGAUACGGUUGCCAUGGUGAUUCUCGCACUGAGAUGUAUCAGCAAAGAUCACAGACAUCGUAACUUGCAGCACUCCCUUCGAAGACCCACGAUAAACUUAGCACGCGAGCAGCAACCCGACGGUGGCUUCGGAAACCUAUACAACACCGCCCUCGUUAUUCAAGCUCUACAAGAUAUCACUGACGCAAGCGCGCACUGGAACGAAACGGGUGCCAAGUACUACAUCGAGUCCAGACAAGAUCCCGACGGCGCUUUCACAGAUCCCGGCCUAACGGCGAACGUCGUCCUUUCACUGCAAGGCAAAGGCCUAGGCGCCAUACGCACGCUAAACUGCGGCAAAUCAUCCCCGGACCUCGAGAACCACGUCGAUCUCGAUGGCCUAACGAACCUCCAGUCGAAACACGGCAACGACUCGGAAAUUCGCAACGUCUCCAUCACAUACACGCUGUGGGUCGGCACGAACGUAACCGAAAACUACACGAUGGCGCUGAUCGCACCACGCAACACGUCAUUCUACAACGUGAUGGUGAUGGCAAUGGACCUAGAUCCGCACUACACAUUCGAAGCGUCCGAAUGGCCGAACGGACACUACGUCCAUUCGAUCGCCGGGUACAAAGAGGAACCUAUGGGAUAUCACUAUUGGCUCUUAUAUCGUCUGCCUGAAAUACCGGAUCCGCAAGCGCCACCUGGUAACCACCUGGUGGCACCUGUAGGCGUCGACGGUCUGCUAAUUGAAGAGGGCGAUCACUACUUGUUCUGGUACAAAAAACUAUAAAUUCGUCUUUAAAGGCUUUUGCAGCUAAGCACAAAUAGAGUUUCUUAAUUUCCAAAUGCCUAAAUUAGUGUUGUUAAGUGUUAAAAAAGAGUCACACUGAUACUGACUAUAAUUGUGUGUUUUAAUGAAAUGGAAUUGUAAUUUAUUUAAAUUUUAAGGUACUACUACUACGCACUGAUUUUUUAAAUGAAUUAUUGUAAACGUACGUGUGUCUAAGCAGAAGAGGCGGGUCGACGUAUUUUUAAGUGGGAUGCAUUUUUAGGUUAUAAGGAACAAAAUACAUAGAUAAUGUAAGUAGGUGUUUUGCAUUCUUAUCUCGUAUACUACCUGCUUCGUCACUUGCUUAAAUUUAGCUUUAACUAAGAAGAUGGCUGUUCUUAAUUGAAAAAAAAACGGAGGGAGAUGAGUUAAUGACGUCUGUAAACUAAUUAUUUUUUAAAAUUGUUAUAUAAUAGCGUAUUUUUGACAAUACAGAAAUUUUACAGUAUUUGAAUCAAAUUUGUAGCUUAACGUUUUAUUGUUUAGACAAUUGUUAACAUGAGGCAAACGUGUAAAAAUAUUGUUUAUUUUUAUUAUUAUAUUUGCUCUUAAUAAUAAUAU